CCUGGACAUGAAGCACUUGUGGCAGAUUUCUGUCCUGUGGGUCUUUUGGGUGCUCAUCUUAUGGCUAAUGGCCUCCUGCCUGGAUCAGAAACCUGAAUCAGCACCCCAGGAAAAACUGAUAUACUUGGUACCAUGGCAUUGCAACUGCUCUUGGUUCAAAUCCAGGAAAUGUGGCUGCCCAUCUGGGACCCUCAACUACUCCCUCUGCCACCACACAGUCAGAGAACAGAACUGGUUUGACGCAUUCUAUGAGAAGACCAUGGGGUACCUGAUGGGGGCAACAGAGUCCAUGACCCCCAAUGCUGUGUUCCCAUGGUUGGGCACGAACUCAGCAAGUGAACUGGACAAAGUGUGGAAGAAGCUGUUCAAGGUGAUUCCCAGACCUUCAGUGAGCCAUUUUGAUCUCUACUGUGGGACUUGUGUGUUAAUGGAGAACUUGAAGAUCCUGCGGGCCUCCAGCCUCCACAACAACGUCAACCAACACACCACAGUCUUCAGGAUGUACCAGACCCCAGCUCAGGGCUUCGAGACAGUGGGGAACCAAACCAUGGGACGCUUCAUCUACCGCAGGAACAAUGGGGACCAGGGUUCCUGGAGACAGCUGGUGCUGCUGGUCCUGAAGCUUUCUGGUCUGGCAUGGACUUCAGAUGCUCUGAGUGAGGAGAUUUCAGAAGAUGGUCUAGUUCCCUAGUGGAUGGAAGACAGCAAAGACCAGG